GUCUGCAGCACCGCUGAGAGUAUCUUAAACUGUGAGAAACCCCUGGUUUAAUAAAGAUUGUUACUCCUUUGAAACUUAUCUCUGUCUCUGUGGUCCUCUGUCGUGUGCCUGUGGUGUCGGCUCCUCACGGUGGUGACUCGGUUAGAGGGGGGGUGGUUGGUCACCCGAGCGUUCCUCCCCUCGACCUGUGACAAUACUAUAAGUGCCUUUGAAACAAAUAUUGUGGAUCGAAAUGAAUCGCUCUGAAUUAGCAAAAGAAGAAGAAAAAAGCUAAUCUGUCAGACCCCUGCAACACCUACACUGUGCUGGACAAUCCAUGGAGAUCCAUCAAUAAUACAAAUAACCCCUACUGUGACACGUCUGUCUCCUGGAGCGGCUGGUAUCGUCUCUUCAUUAACAGCACUAGCGCUCAUAUCUCAGACACGUGUGUUCCGUGGUACAGUUGUGGCACUAAUAUCCCACUGUGGAUCCGUGGUGGACACCCAACAGUAACAGAUGGAGUCGUCACUCGAGAUGUCUGCGCUCACUGGAUCAAUUUCUGCUGCUUUUUCGGGUCUUAUCCCAUUAAAGUCAAAGCCUGUCCAGGAGAUUAUUAUGUCUAUGAGCUGGUCAGACCAACUCGCUGUGAUAUGGCAUACUGUGCAGACACUGGCAGCAUUAACACCAGCCCUACAACUGUCACACCAGUGACCAUCUCACCUGACCCCUGCAACAACUACACUGUGCUGGACGAUACAUGGAGAUCCAUCAGUAAUACAAAUGCUUCAGUCAGAAACUGUGACCGGUCUGUCUCCUGGAGCGGCUGGUAUCGUCUCUUCAUUAACAGCACUAGCGCUCAUAUCCCAGACACGUGUGUUGCUCAGUUCAGUUGUGGCACUGGUAUCGCACUGUGGAUCCGUGGUGGACACCCAACAGUAACAGAUGGAGUCGUCACUCGAGAUGUCUGCGGUGACGGUGGGAGUUUCUGCUGCUCUUACGGAUCUUAUCCCAUUAAAGUCAAAGCCUGUCCAGGAGAUUAUUAUGUCUAUGAGCUGGUCAGACCAACUCGCUGUGAUAUGGCAUACUGUGCAGACACUGGCAGCAUUAACACCAGCCCUACAACUGUCACACCAGUGACCAUCUCACCUGACCCCUGCAACAACUACACUGUGCUGGACGAUACAUGGAGAUCCAUCAGUAAUACAAAUGCUUCAGUCAGAAACUGUGACCGGUCUGUCUCCUGGAGCGGCUGGUAUCGUCUCUUCAUUAACAGCACUAGCGCUCAUAUCUCAGACACGUGUGUUCCGUGGUACAGUUGUGGCACUAAUAUCCCACUGUGGAUCCGUGGUGGACACCCAACAGUAACAGAUGGAGUCGUCACUCGAGAUGUCUGCGGUGACGGUGGGAGUUUCUGCUGCUUUUUCGGGUCUUAUCCCAUUAAAGUCAAAGCCUGUCCAGGAGAUUAUUAUGUCUAUGAGCUGGUCAGACCAACUCGCUGUGAUAUGGCAUACUGUGCAGACACUGGCAGCAUUAACACCAGCCCUACAACUGUCACACCAGUGACCAUCUCACCUGUUACAAACACCAGCAGCACCAGCACAACAGUCACACCAGUAACGGCCUCAGCUGUUACAAACACCAGCAGCACCAGCACAACAGUCAGACCAGUAACGGCCUCAGCUGUUACAAACACCAGCAGCACCAGCACAACAGUCAGACCAGUAACGGCCUCAGCUGAUGUAAAUAUAACGCUGCCGGAAGGAUGCACCGGUAAGAACUGUUUCGAAAAUCUUCUUGACCAGAUUGACAACAUCACAUCUCAAGUGCUCUCUGUGAAUACGGUGACCAACAUUUUGACGAUGGCCUUCAACGCUUCAGGGAAGAUUUUAGAGUCAUCAUCAUCAUCUUCAUCAUCAGUCAGCUCGGCUGAACUCGCCUCCAGUGGAAACCGUAUCUUAAAAACCAGUGAGAAACUCAUCUCUACAUUGGUGACGCCGACAGACACGAGUGCAGCUGUCAGUUUAACUCUUCCAGCUGUAGAGGUUGAAGUCUUCAUGGUUGGACCACAGGUCACCUUAGAUAAAAUCCCUCGACUUGACACGACAGAUUCUUCUGUGGACAUUGAUCUCAUUGGGAUCGCCAAGAACAACAAUGAAACUGGAUCAGCUGCUGUGGCUUUCAUGAGUUAUAACACAAUGGAGAAUCUACUGAAGCCAGACUUCUUCAACACAUUAAAUGACACGAAUAAAACCAUGAUGUCCACUGUGAUCUCAGCUACUCUUCCCAAAACCACCAACACUAAACUCACCAAACCAGUCAACUUCACCUUCAAACACAUCAGAGAGUUUGACCCCAACGGUUCUCUGUCCUGUGUGUACUGGAAUAUCAGCGAGUGGAUUGUAGAUGGUUGUUCUGUUUUAGAGACCAAUAGCAGCUACACUGUGUGUUCGUGUGUUCAUCUGUCCACAUUCGCUCUCAUCAUGCAAACCAGCCGCCCAUCAGAGAGCGACUCUCUGCUGGACCUGUUGAAUUUGGUGUGUGUGACCGUGGGGUUGGUGUUCUUCAUUUUGGCCCUGUUGACCUUUGCCCUUUGUCAGUGGAGUCCUGCAGUGAAUAAUGUGGCUCGAAUCAACCUCUGCAUCAGUCUUCUGUCGGCUCACCUUCUGUUCCUGCUCACACAACAGUUCCUGAGACUCAUACGCCGUCAUCAGGUGUUGUGUGCCGUGAUAUCAGGAGUGCUGCACUUCCUCUUUCUCUCCGGCUUUGUGUGGAUGUUCAUUGAAGCUGUGCUGCUCUUCAUCUGUGUGAAGAACCUAUCACAGAUCAGCUCCAAAAAGAGGGAGGUGCUUAGCAGUGGAUUCCUGUGUGUGAUUGGAUAUACGGUUGCUCUGGUUGUGGUGUCCGUGUCUGUCGGGCUGUUUCCUGGAGGAUACGGUAGUGAACACUGCUGGAUUAAAAUUGAAAAAGAUUUUAUUUGGAGUUUUCUGGGUCCUGUUUGUGUCAUACUAGCAUUAAACAUGAUUCUCUUCAUCACCAUCGUCAUCAAUCUGAACUCAACUCUCAAAAAUCUGAACGCUGAAGUUUCACAGAUGAAACAAUCCAAGAUUAUGGCAUUUAAAACACUGGCUCAGUUUGUGGUUCUUGGUUGCUCCUGGAUUCUGGGUUUCUUCACUCGUGACAGGAAGGAGCUGGAGAUCCUCUUCCUGAUCUUGAACUCCCAGCAGGGCACCUUCAUCUUCCUGGUCUAUUGUGUCUUCAAUAAUGAGGUCAGAGAGCAGUACAGGAAGUUCUUCAGAUGUCUUCGCUCUGGAUGCAAAAAACACUGAGGACUCCACCAUCAUCUUCAGGAAAUAAAGUACUCAAGUGCCAUUACUAUGCACGUUUACAGCUUGUUUUCCCUUGUCUCGUGGUUAAGGACUUUUAUGGUGAAGUAUUUUUGUUCUAUUGUUUCUGGGUUCACUUCCUGUGUUUAGUUCCUUCUUGCAUUUGUUCCCUAUUCUCUUAUCUGUGUCCAUAGCUACCCUCAUUUUUCACUAUGGCCACUCUUUGCCUACA